CUGACUAUGCGUGAGAGACAUAGAGAGAUAGUGUAGCUAUUAGCUUGCGUUCUUUAAGAAGAGCACUCCAGGGGAAGAGCCGUUCAGCAACUGACUCCAUUUUCUCACAGAGACAUAGAGAGGGAGAGAGAGAGAGAGAAAGAGUUGAGUUUCUGUUUGUGUAAGUUGAGGCCAUGAGGGUUCUGCUGUAUGUGAUGUGAACUGUUGUUUCUGCUCAUUCUCUGGAAAAAAAGACUUCAAUCCAGCAGCAGAAUCCUGUCCUGGAAAUUCAUUCAAAGUUGGUUACUUUUCUUUCAGCCUUUUACCACCAAAUAGAGGCAGUGCUAAAGUAGACGGUGGAAAAGAUGGCUGCAACGAGUUCGAAUUCUGAGCGGCCACAGUUCAUUGCAAGCACUGGAAACCGAAGCUUCUCAAAUGCGCCGCUGAUUGAGAACACAGAUACAGAUCAAAUUGUUGUUCCUGAUAAGACAAGCUGGAAAAACCUAUUUGCCUAUAUGGGUCCGGGGUUUCUUGUUUCAAUUGCGUAUAUAGAUCCUGGAAAUUUUGAGACGGACUUGCAGUCAGGGGCACAAUACAAGUAUGGGCUACUUUGGAUAAUAUUGGUUGCUUCAUGUGCUGCUCUCAUCAUUCAGUCCCUUGCAGCCAAUCUCGGGGUAGUCACAGGAAAGCAUUUGGCAGAGCACUGUCGAGCUGAAUAUCCUAGAGUAACAAACUUCAUCCUUUGGGUUCUUGCUGAGAUUUCUAUAGUUGCAUGUGACAUUCCUGAAGUGAUUGGAACUGCCUUUGCAUUGAACAUGCUCUUCAACAUACCCAUAUGGAUUGGCGUUCUUCUGACAGGACUUAGUACAUUGCUUCUUCUUGCAUUACAACAGUAUGGGGUUAGGAAACUUGAAUUCUUGAUUGCAUUCCUUGUACUCACAAUUGCUGGAUGCUUCUUUGCUGAGCUUGGCUACGCAAAACCUGAUGCCGCUGAAGUUUUGAACGGGCUUUUUGUUCCUCAACUCAAAGGAAGUGGCGCUACUGGUCUUGCAAUUUCACUUCUUGGUGCUAUGGUUAUGCCGCACAAUCUCUUCCUCCACUCUGCGUUGGUGCUCUCUAGGAAAAUACCACGAUCUGUCUGUGGCAUCAAAGAAGCAUGCAGAUUUUAUAUGAUAGAAAGUGGCUUUGCUCUCAUGGUGGCCUUCCUAAUAAAUGUGUCCGUUAUUUCUGUAAGUGGUGCAGUUUGCAAUUCCGCAGAUUUGAAUGCAGAAGAUCAGAUGAACUGCACGGACUUGGAUUUGAAUAAAGCUUCCUUUUUACUAAGAAAUGUUUUAGGUAGUUGGAGUUCCAAACUUUUUGCUGUAGCAUUGCUGGCAUCAGGUCAAAGUUCUACUAUAACAGGAACAUAUGCAGGGCAAUAUGUUAUGCAGGGCUUUCUAGAUUUACGACUGAAACCAUGGCUUCGGAACUUCUUAACAAGAUGCUUGGCAAUAGUCCCUAGUUUAAUUGUUGCAGUUAUUGGUGGCUCUGCUGGGGCUGGAAAGCUGAUUAUUAUUGCAUCAAUGAUUCUAUCGUUUGAGCUGCCUUUUGCUCUUAUUCCGCUUCUCAAGUUCACCAGCAGCAAGACCAAGAUGGGAGCAUAUGCCAACUCUACUGCGAUUUCUGCUAUCACUUGGAUCAUUGGUUCUCUGCUCAUGGCCAUAAAUGUAUACUAUUUGAUUAGUGGAUUUAUCAAGUUGCUUCUUCAUAGCCACUUCAAAGUUCUGGCCGUCGUCUUUCUUGGAAUUUUAGGAUUCUCAGGUAUGGGAUUGUAUUUGGCUGGAAUUGCAUAUCUGGUUUUCCGUAAAAAUAAAGAGGCAACGCAUCUUUUGGCUUUAACAACACCUGAAAGCAGACAACUGGCAAAUGAGCAGCAGGGUAAUGCAUCGAUGUACUGUCUGGCAAGAGAAGACAUCGUGAGCAUGCAGCUCCCUCAAAGGAGGUCUACCGAAGAUUUCGACUGAUGAAUACUUGUGUAAGCUAGAUUAAUAAUGCAGCUUUUCUAGGAAAUUUAGGCACCCCGAAGGAAAAAUAAUGAUGCUAAUUUCUAGAGAUUCGUGUACCUUGAAAAUAAGACAAGAAGCAAACGCUUAAGUUUUUAUUUUCAUAGUCUGCUGCUCUAGUUUUCCCAUUGUAUAUAAUCCAGAAUUUUGCACAAAAUCUAGUGUUGUCAAUGUUUUACCCUGGAGAAAAGUUGUUUGCACUCUC